AAUUGGUGGAUAUCUACCCUAGUUACCAACCAACACUACACAACUGGACACAUGAGAAAACACAUAAAACUCGUAAAUUACAUUUCAAACCGACAAAUAACCUUCUGUGUGGUGGGGGUAAGUAAUCCUUCGCUUUGUUUUACAUCCUUAAAACUGAGUGAAAUGCGAGAAUAGGAGCGAGGAUAAAGCUUUUGUGUCGUUAAAUGUUGACCAAAUACCUACAUGCUAAUGCUAACUAGCAUGCCCCUUAGUUUGUUAUUAGCGCCAGUGCUAACUGAGCUGACUCGCUGCCUCAGUGUUGUCUGCUAAUGUUAUUUUUUUCUUUAUAAUUGUAAGAAAACCUCGUACUUUAAUAGGAUUAUCAAAACGAGUUAGCUCACUGUAAUGCUGUCAGAAAAGGCUCCCUUCAUUGUUGAUGAUGGAGACAUGUCUUUCACAUUAUGACCAUGUAAAUGUAUUUUAAAGCAGUUUUUGUGGUUUUCCCUGCGAAAAACUGGUUGAAACAAGCUGCGGUGCGUUUGCCUGGAAAUAGCGGUUGUUGUGCUAUGUCUUCAUCUUUCUCAAGCGGGUGGGGCGACAGUAAGAAGGGACUGCUUACAAGGUAAUUUAGGUAUCAUGUCACAGGUAACCUUGGGGUUCUCGCGUGUUUUUUCCUCUGCAGUCAUAAUGAAACACAACAGAGAUUUCAGCGACGACUCCGAGGACUCCUUAUCCCUCUGUGAAAUCUCGGAUCGGAUUAUGUGAACAGCAUCAUCCGCAGGCACACAAUGGAUAACGAGGUGAGCAAACAUGCUUUUAUGUAAUGACUCAUCUGCGCUGUCAGAGAGUUCACAUCAUCUGUCCUUUUACUUGAUCCACUUUGAAGAAGCUCUGAUUUUCAAAGCAUUCAUCGCUACAAUGCAUGUUAUAUAUUUUACAGCAGAGUCUCAGCUGUCCCUAUUUUCUACUCUCUGGCACUAACAAGUACUCUGUGUUCUUUCCUCAAAUUUCUUUGUUUCCCUCCUGCUACUGACACUACAGAUGCUGUAGCCUAGUUCAUUUGUAGACACCGAGUAAGAGCUUUGUGAAUUUCCUCUCCGUCUUGCAUGAUGGUUUACAAAACUGGAUUGGCAUGAGCUGUAUGUGACUGUGUAAUGCAGACAACCAAUGCACCUUCCAAGACACACUUGUUUAAUGUAAAACUGGCUGUGAGUCAAAUCAACAUUUCGUACAGGGAGGAAAGUAGAAACAGGAGUCUACAUAGGAAUGAUUUGAUUUAGAGGGUUUGAUUGCUGAUGCCUGGGUUUGAUGACUUUAUUUUUAGAAUAAAUUGAUGUGACAAAAAUAGUGACUUCUUAUUUUUCCUUUAAUUAAAAGUGCUAGUUUCUUUGAAAGGGUUGCACUCCACAUGUUAGAAAUCUCCACAUCAUAGUUCAUGGUGGGACCACGUUUGAUGGAUUCAUUAAAAUUGUAAAUAUAUCACAGGGUCAGUCUGACUUUAGUCUGUAGUUUAACUUUAUUGGGGUAAAUCUUCCAGAAGUUCAUUUUUUGUUUCUUAUCCGUCACAGAAAUCUUUACUGUGACUUUGGAAUCACCAUUCAUGAAAUCAGGAAAAAUAUUUGAAAAUGUACGAGUUUAUAGAAGGAUGCAUCUUUUUCACAAUGUUUUCCACAUCAUUCACUGACUUAAUGUUGUCCCCAGUGCAUGUGCUGUAGUAAUGCUUUAUGUACCCAAGCCUGGUGGAACAUUUGGUUGUGAUUCAUAUAAUAAAUUGUAUAUUGUUUACAGUCUGUGAAUGUGAGUACUCUUGCUGCACAUGCUGCAUCGUGACAGUCUGUUGUCCUCAGACAGCUGAUGUAGGCUUUCCUGACUGACUGUGUGUAUGUGUGUGUGUGUGUGUGUGUGUGUGUGUGUGUGUGUACUUUUGCCCAUGUUUUUUAAGCAGACUCCAGCGUGCCAAGGAGAGAAACUUGCCUCUGCUGUAGAUGACACUCUGGAUGAAUAUUUAAUCGCCCUCCAGCACAAAAACAGGUGAAGUGUGAGCAUUGGCUGCUGGGGAGGGACAGAUAGGAUUUCAAAGUGGAGACACACACGACUUCUUCCGCUGCCCAAUAAGGGCACUGAUUGUUUUUUUUUUCCAUAUCAGGGAUACACAGAAUACGAUUGUGAAUUGUGCAAAAGCAGCGAUUAAAAAUGUUUCUUUUAGUCCUGAAAUGUGUAUUUAGACAUUAUUCUUGGAGUCAUCUCUAGUUUUUCUUUCCCCCUUAGGAUCCUAAAGCGCCUUAAAGUCAAAGACCCCAGGGAGAUUGAGUUGGAACAGCUAGAGCAGGGUUUUUCUAUUUAUCUGAACGGAGCCAAUGCUGAAGCCAGGAAGCAGCCCAAGAGCUCCAACCACAAGUCUGUCUCUUCCUCCCAUGCCAGGAGGCCUGCACGUACAGCAGGUAUGCUGCUACAAGACCAAAAUAAACCUACACUCUUUAAAGUAAAAACUCUUAUGUAAGACCUCAUAAUUCUUUUAUCUCUCUGACAUGCAGGGGGAAAUGUUGUUCUUGAGUAUUUGGUUAUUUUUACACAUAAACAGAAGGUCCAACAUCAUACUUUUUUUUUCUCACUGCUUCUGUCAUCUCCAGACCAUAUGAAAGACCAGCUACUAGCCAACACUCAUCAGUUUGUAUCGUGCAUGGCACUAUCUCAUGCCCAGUCCUCGGUGAAUAAAUGAUAGUGACAGUUGUAGCUGGCAGCCGGUUCUUAGUUCUUCCUCUCUGUGUGCUGUGGACCAUCUGCGUAUUUGCCAGUAUGUUCCAUCUCCUCGGAGGCAGUAGUCCGCUGCAAGUUGUUCACGUUCUUUUCUGUGCUGUUACUCAUCUGCAGAUGUCUGUAGAAGGGCCCACCAGCUAACUGAAGACAGCCGUUAUCUGGAGCAGGACCACAGGAAGAGGAGCCACACUGCCCCAGGAAAAGUUCAGAGGAAAGAAUGGGUGCAGGUAGAAGCUGCUUGUUUUUAAUAGCUGUUGAUUUUAGUGAAUGAAUGUAAGUAUUUCCCUUUGAAAAUUCAUCUCAUAAGGUUUGCUUUUUUGCUAUGUUUGAAGGAUUCUGUCAGGAUUCGAACGGAAGAAGGACUGAGUUUGAAAAUCUCCCCAGAAAAGUGCUAUUCUGAGGAUUUUGAGCCCUAUGAAAGCAUAGAUAUGGAGGUAGAGUGAAGACAUAACAAUGCCUACUAAGCCAGUGUGUGGGUGUUUUUUCAAGGGGAGGGGCUAUGUGUCAGAUGCAGCUGUCUGAACUACUUAGCAUCUCUCUAUCUCUGCCAUUUCCACGUCGCCCUAUCACCUUGUUUCGCACAGAGCUCUAGUCCACGCUCACCUCGUAGUCCUUGCUCCCCAAGGGACACCUCCAAAUUGUCACGCUCCUUCAGCUCCAAGCAGGACAGCCAAGGAGGCCAAGCUAACCAGGAGCACAGCGAGAAGGUGCUACUCAACCUUGAGGAAGUGAAGGUAAACAGAAGAAGAAACUCGUAAUUUUCUUAAUCACUUUGCAGAUUUAUUUGAGAUAAAGCUAAUGAAUCAUAAACAUUUGUUUUUGAGGUUAUGUCACUUUUUUCAGUGGUUUUCACAUAUCAGGGGAAUACUUGAAUUGUGAGAACGCAUGUGUGAAUGCUAGACCCUAUUAGUACUUAAACUGAUGACUGUGUGCAUGUAUGUGUGCAUAAAUGCUGACAUUUGUAAACUAGGUUCUGCGAAGGAGCCUGGAGGUCAGCAUGCGGCGCAGCAACCGCGGGUCAGCAGGGGAGGAGUCAGACGAGGAGUGGGUGGAGGAGCAGAUUGAGAGGGGGGAGAGCACUGAGAGCCUGGAUGAACUGGGACUGCCUUUGUCGACCUCCAAGUCCUCCUCCAGCCCUCGUCCCAGCGGCUCCCAUGGCCACCUCGACUCUGCAAACCUGAUCGUCCUGGACUUUGGGCCUACACCCAAAGGUAGGCUUCAGCAUCCUUUAUUUUUUAUUACCUGUGAGCUCCUUGAAUGUAAAAGAGCAUUUUGCCCUAAUUUCCUGCAAAUACACAAGAUCAUCCUGUUAUCUUCUUUUGUAUCAUAUUCUCGGCGUCACAGGUCGUAAACUGGAACGUUCUUUGUCUGCAAGAAGGAAAGAAAGCAUUGACAGUUUUAUACCCAUCAAGCCUAUGAUGGUGAAGAGCAAGACAUUAGAUAGGCCGCCUUCUAAAGACAGCUGGGAUAGUCCGAGUAAGUCUUAAAAUUUUUGUUUGAGCUUUAAAAUUGUCUCUGCGAAAAGAUCAUAUUGAUAACACGCGGCAUGUUGUUCACAACUGAAGUGCUUUCUGCUCCAGGGUCAUGGAGUCGGAUGGAGAGGCCUCUGUCGACAGCCAAAAAGGCUUCCAUGGAGGAGCGGGACCCAGACGAGAUGGUGUGCAGGGUGCGUCAGGCUAUCCAGAGAGAGAAUGACCCUGUGCAGAGUUUUGAGCUCUUCAGCCGCAACACGGUCUGUCUGACUCACACUUAACCUUUUUCUCUUUUUAACCUUAGCCUCUUCUGUUUUGAAGAUGUUCAGACCAAAGACAUUAACUUAAGUCUGGUCAGACUGAAUAGCAGCGAUUUAUGUCUUUAAGGGUUUGCUUUGAAUCAAUGGUUUGACUCUUGCUGACUUCAUUGAUAAGUAAAACUGGAUAUUCUCUACUUAAUAAAAUAGGGAGUGUUUCCUGAUACUGUUACCCAGAGGGAGUGUAAUAAUUUGGUUGAACGCUAAGUCUUGGAGAACACUGUGAAAAAAAAUCUGAGGAUUUAUCAUUAAUAUGCAUGAACUGUGUGAUCUGACGAAUAGGAUUGGAUCCAAUUCAUAAUGCCUACUAAGUGUUCAGUGACUGUGACUAAGUGUAAUGGUCAAAUAUUUCAGUAGCCACUCCACAAUCUCUGAAUUCUCCCAGUUAAGAGAAGUAAGAGUGUCUUGAUAGAGGCAGUUAAGGAAUAUUUAGCAACUCUUAGUGACGCAUCAGCACUAUUCGAGAUUCUUAAUCCUGACUGAAGAUCCUAAAAAUAAACUUUUGAAGACAGUCACACAGCGUUCUGCUUUGUAGGAGAUCUUUGAAGGAACUGAAGGGUUAGAUAUUAGUCUAUAUUUAGCCAAGGUGCCUGAAUCCAGAGUAGAAUUUUAAUUGAUGCCACUUCAAAUGAGUAUCGUACAGAGCCGAGGCAGAUUGGGUGUGUCUGUUAAAGAAAUUCUCGCUGAGAUUAAGACAUCUCGAAGCAGUCACGUUGGGAAAGUGUUUCAAGAAAUUUUGAUGAUAUGGAUGAAUAAGUCACAAACUCAGGGAGGUCACCAGAAAGGAAGCGAGGAAAGGAUGUAUCAGUCUAUCUGGUUUGAAAUCUGUUCAUAACACUAAAAAUACAACCAGGCUUGCUUUUUAUUAAUUGCUAAAGUGUUUCAGAUGACCUUCCUGUAUGUUUUUAAGGCUUUCACUUUAAACUACAUGUUAUUUUCCUCAUGCAAAGCUAUUAUUAUGGAUUUGGCUUACAUAUAAGCUCUACCUUUUAAAGCUUGUGUAUCUCUGACCCUUUUUAUUUUGCCUCUUUUUUUAUCUAGGGCAGGGGACACCAGAUGAUGAAUGGCUUAGUGCGCUGCAACAGCCACGACAGAGAUGAGAAUAGUGUCACUAUGGCGAUGAACAGAAUAACACUUAUGGGACCAAGGUAUGCUGACACACUGAUAAUGCAAACACAUCCUGAUUUCUGUGUGACAGAGAAACACCUGCAAUGUCAGAAUAAAACAUUAUAGUGUUUUGUAAGAACUGGUAUAGAAAUUUACGGUGUUUACACCCCUCUGACCGUGAAGAGUAAUUUGUCAGCAUGGAUGUGCUCAGCCAUCAAUCACUAUUAGUGGCUGAAGGUCAGGGAUAAUGAACCAAGCACAGCCGAGCUCAUGGUGUCAUCCUUCUGUUCAGACAACAACAGAAGCUGCUGAAAGCCUUGGAGAAACUUGAAGCAGGAUCUAGCAACAGCAACGCUCAGUGUGUCAAAACAGACUCCAACAAGCAGCCGGUGAGUGAGUAACAGCGUCUCGCACUUCAGAAUGAAUUACUCCAACACAUCUGAGUGUGAUCGAGACAUACGCAUUAAGAAGCAUUCGAUAAUGAUUGCGUUUCGUUGCAGAGACGGCGGUCUUCAGCCGAGGUCACCCCUGCAUUGUAUGUUACCAUGGAGAUCCUGUCAAACUGGGGGAGUGCUCUUCAGGUCGGACUGACAGAAUUGCAGUUCUUCUGUCUCAGAAACAAAAAGCUGUACGUUUCGCCUCACGACCUCGACAUCAGGAAUGCUGACUACCCCGGGAAUCUGGGAGCGCUUGUCAAUGGAAAGAUGAAGGUCAGUCACGACUGCCUCUUCAGUUCCUGUUUGUUUGAUGUCAGCUACAUGAUUUUAAUCUGAAAAUGUACUUUAGAAAUGAAUCUGUAAUGACAGAUGUACACCAAGAUUCAGAAUCUGUGGGGGACAGUUGGCUUUGCAAUUUAAGUGCUUGAUCCAUGUGCAAAGGCUGUGGUUUUCAUCACUGUGAUUGAAUGUUAAUUGCAUGUCUCUCCCCACUGUCUACUCCCCACAUAUCCUCAGUCUCUUCAGCUGUCCUAUCCCCAAAAGGCAAAAAAGCCUCCAAGAAAACUGAUAAAAAAAGGAAUUUGUACUAUCUUGAUCCGAACACGUAGUCUGUGUUUAGUUUUUAUUGUCCCAGUAGGUAGGGCUGUCAAGAGAGUCUUUUAUCAGGGCCCUAAAUCUGAAAAAACCUGACACAGAUGCAGUCAUUAAUCAUGUUUCAAAACACACAAAUGCUCUUGUGCCUAUCUGUUGUUUGCUGUUUACAUGGACAAAGCGUUUUCUGACUUGGACUCUUUACUGGAUUAACAGACCACCAAAGAGCGUCACAUGUGGACGUGCCCAUUCCACCCUCCCAUCCAGCUCUACUUCAUCAUCAGAAACACUGAGCGCUGCCUUGACUUUGGGAUAUCACGCAUCAAAAUCUGGAACUACAACAGAAGCCUGAAUGUAAGUACUUUGUAUUUUUGUUUUAUCACACGUUUAUAAAAGUGUUAUUUUACAUUUGAUCAACACGGUCCACUCCACACAUUAUUCGAUUAAUCCCCGUUCAGGCAGAGAGUCUGUUGACUGUGCUGCAUACAAAACAAGAUCUCGUCAUAGUAGACACCACUGUAGAGGCGUGAUUAUGUCAGGGGCGUGGUUUGUUUUAGCACUGGCUGGCUGAGCUGUCAGUCAGACUGUCCAAAUGUAGAACAGCAAGAGAUUAGCUCCAAAGGAUUAGCGCUAGGGGGAAACGUGGGCUUCUAACUCUUAACCUUAGUGCUGCUUGUACUCACAAAGACCCCCUCGUCUCUCUUUCUGGGUUACCCCAGCUGUUUAGGAUGACUUCAUGUCUUGACCCUGGGAGGUAAGGAGCUCUUGAUAUGGAAAAACGUUCUAGUUUAAACUGAGUUUAAGGGGUUUAUUUCCUCGAGGAUCACACAGAUUUGGACUGGACUUGAGCCAUUUCUUUGUGGCAGCCAUGUCUAUGAGAUUGCUAAUUACUGUUAGCUUUAGGAGCGCUUCCUCUGAGUAUAAUAAAUAGAUAAAUAAAACUAUAAAAAAUUGGUUUUGGACUUACUGCUGAUUGUAUCGGUGCUUAUGUUCUCUGAAUAGUCUUCACUGUACAACAAUGUUAAUGAAAUGCCAAAUACUGUGAUGUGAUUCUAAUUAAAGUCAAAUCCUUUUUUUUACUCAUUUACAUCCCAUAUCUUUCCUGAAAUGUGCAAAUUGGAGUUAGAGUAGAUAUCAGUCACUGAAGUCAGAAAGAUUUCUGCAGUUUUGUAGCAUUGGAGUCAAAAUAUGUGCGACCUGUAAAGCAUGACUGUAUUACUAAGUAAGCAAACUCUGUUUCUUUCUCAGGAUCUUGACAUUGGUGCACGGCACAUAAAACUGUAUCUUAACAGCACGCUGGUGUUUGAAGGCGAGCUGGAGAAGGGCUGUGGCAACCAGGUCUUUGACUACAGCACCACCAUUGACCUGAAGGAUUUCCAGCCCUCAGACUCCUUGUUUUCCAGCCCUGUGGCUUCAGGUCAUAGUUUACGGGGUGCCAGCCCCCAGCGUCAUGAGGACAAGAGGGGUGGAGAGGGCAGCAGCACCCAGAGACACCCAAAUCCCAAUUGGAAGCCAUCAGCUGCAGCAGGACAGGCUAUGAUAGACAUGCAGGAGAAACCACACACGCCUCUACCGCCCAUCACUCCCUUGUCCUCUGGUCGCCACUCCUCCACCCAUAGAAACUCUUUUGGCAUGCCAGACGAGCCCCUCUCUCUUCUCAGGCAGGAUCAGCCAGCACCCCUGGAACAGACGGUCACCACCCAGCCAUCCUCAUCACGGGUUGCCCCCCAGUGGCUGCAGCCCCUGAACAGAGGGGUUCCAGAGGGCUGCGAAGCCAGCAGGGAGAGGCCCCGCUGGCUGGUGCCCCAGCACUCUGCAGAGCCCAAAUCUCCGUCAUCGUCAGCUUCUUCAAUGCUCCCGGAGCUACCAUGCAACCCAGGCCGAGUGUGCAGGGGAACAGAGAGGACAACAAAUGGGGGUCAGUGGAAGGGCAACUCUCUGGACUUGGGCUGCGAUCCACUUGAGGAGCUCGGAGAGCAAAAGUCUGACAGGCCAGUCAGUGGGCGCAGGAGCUCAUUUCGAAACACAGCGUCUGGUGCCAGGACAACAGAGGAGCAGCAGCUCAGAGCUACUGCACUGACAAACCCAGGUAACAAAGACAGCUAUCUUCAAGUUACGGCAGAGAGAUCAACCCUUAAAUUUAAUCAUCCCUCCUCUGUUAUGUUUCUUGUGUUCAGUUUUAGUUAUUUUUACUCCAUGGCUUCAUCACUACAUCAUGUUGCUCAGCAUAAAAGUGUAAUCAAUUUAAUAAAAACAAAAGAAAAAUACAACUCUCACACUGCAAUGUUCAAUAUUCCAGGUAGUGUAAUGCACCCGGGCAGUCAAGUAAAGAUGUCAAAGCCUGUAUUUACAAAUGACGCAGCUUCAUUAAUUCAGCAUCAGAUAUGUAUUAUGAAAUUUAAACAGUCAGAGGCUCCAACAUGUUUAUUUUUUUGUUGUUUUUUUUUUUUUUUUUUUUUGUUGAGAUUAUCAAAUCUAUGAUUGCAGUCAACGUGGCUUGCCAGUGGCUUAAAAUCUCAGUUUUGAUCAGUGGAAAUUGAGACAGCUGGUUGGCUUGAAAAAUUAAGUUGAAUUAUAUUGACAUAUUAACCACAUACAAUAAUAUUAUCAACCCUUAGUUUUAAAAGCAUAUUUUAAGUUUCUCACCAGUUUCAUUUCAUUACAUCUUAACUUAAAGGAAAGGUAAAAAUUGUACUUGGAACUAAUCAACCUCUCAGUGUCUUCAGGAGAAACGGAGUAUUUCAAGCUUUUAAAAAGAUUUCCAGUUUGGAUCAGAAACGGUUAAAAACUUAUAUUUUCUGGAGCAACAGAUCAACGUUCCUCUGCUGUACACCUCAUUGGGCAUUAUCUUUUGUUUAUCCAAUCAGAUUUUCUUUUCAAAUUUUCCCCUUGAUUCUGGUAUCAGAUUAAAAUGAAAUUUCCUGAAGUUUAAUUAGUUAAAAGUGAAACUCUGUGUUUUCCAGAAGAGCCAGUGUCUCUGGUGAGCACCAGCAGGAGACAGAGUUCUGCUCGAUCACAACUGCACAGCCAACAAGACGAUUCCCUCAUGGAGUCCUGGGACUCUCUUACUAAAUUCAACCAAUGCCAGCGUGGACGCAUCUCCAAUAUGGGCUUUGAGGGUGAUAUCUUUGACGAGUUCCUCCAACGCCAAGGGCGUGGUCCACCUGCAGUCCCGGCAAGCGCCUCAACAGCAUCCAAGAGCCCUCUUUCCUCCUUCACCAAUCAGGGAGCACCUUGUGAAAAUCCUGAUGAUGAUCCAUUCAUGGAGCGAGAUGAUGAGUUUGAGAUCCCUGUGCUGCCCCAGGGCCAAAGGCUGGUGAUCAACAUCUUCUCCACAUGGGGCGAUCGGCACUAUGUCGGCCUCAAUGGGCUUGAGGUGUUCAGUUCCAGCGGGGAGCCUCUACAGCCAGCUCACAUCAGCGCUGAGCCUCCAGACAUCAACAUUCUCCCUGCAUACGGCAAAGACCCACGUGUGGUCACCAACUUAAUCAAUGGUGUGAACCGUACCCAGGAUGACAUGCACCUUUGGCUCGCACCAUUCACCCCAGGUCGAAACCACACCAUCUUCCUGGACUUUGGAGCUCCAUACCAGGUGGCCAUGAUUCGAGUGUGGAACUACAACAAGUCACGCAUUCACUCUUUCAGGGGUGUGAAGGAAGUGGAAAUGGUGCUGGAUGGACGGUGCAUCUUCAGGGGCGAAAUCGCCAAAGCCUCCGGGACCCUAACUGGAGGUAGGAGAGAGUAACAGACUUACAAGUUUUUACUCUUCUUUGUUGGCUUCUUUUUGUUAAAUUCAACGUCCCUCACUUUUCUGUCACCACAGGACUAGACCAGUUUGGGGACACCAUCCUGUUCACCACCGAUGAUGACAUCCUGGAGGCCAUGUCUCGCUAUGAUGAAACCUUUCUUAGUGAAGGAGAGGGUCCUGAGGGCCUGGUGUAUGAGGAGGAGCUGCAGAGACCACGCACUGCUGAUGGAGAGGGAGAGGAAAGACCUUUCACGCAGGCCGGUUUCAGAGAGGAAGACCUCCAAGUAAGUUCAGGCCUCAUGAGUAGUGUUGUCAUAAAAGCGAUAGUGUUGAAUGCUUGUAAAGUUUGGAAAAAGGGAAGCAGGACGACAUAAAACAGAUCUGAUGUUAAUCUGGUCAUAUUUUCUUACAGCUUGAACUCCACUUCAACCCGUCUUUGAGUCAGUCUGAGGAAAACAUGGAGCAUAAUCCUGGGAUGUACACUGGCAAGUGUGAGUAGAUAAUCUGGACUUCCUCAUAACUUGUUCACUUCUUAUUUUGUCAUUUUGAGACUUACAGCACUUCUCCCCCUUCACUGCAGGCCUUAAACUAGAGCUGGUGAUGACUUGGGGGGACUGUCACUACAUGGGCCUGACAGGGCUGGAGGUGGUGGGUAAGGAUGGAGAAAGCUUACCUUUAGACCUCAGUAUGAUGGUUGCAUCACCCAGAGACCUCAACGACCUGCCUGAGUACGGACACGACCUUCGAACACUUGAUAAGUAUGUCACUGUCACUGUCACUGUCUGCACCAUGACAAGAGUAAAAACUGUUUUAUUUUUUAUUUACAAAAUAGGACACGUUGUAGUUUUAGAACCACCCCCCUUUUCUCUCUUUUUAUUUUGCAUAAACAUGUCUGCAUCCACUUUCCUCCUUUAUCUUCCUGGUAGAAAAAUCUCACGUCAAAGCUCAAACUUCAAUCAGAUCAUUCUUGUGUGCAUCUUCUCUUUGCCCAGGCUUAUAGACGGCCACAAUAUAACCACUGAUGACCAGCACAUGUGGCUGAUCCCUUUCUCCUAUGGAGAGCCCCAUAUCCUGAACGUGACGUUCAACAAGACCCAGACCAUUGCAGGACUCCGUAUCUGGAACUACAAUAAGUCCCCAGAGGACUCAUACAGAGGGGUGAGACACUUCUCUGACAGCCCCAAGUUAGAGCUGGUUCUGGUUAUUAUUGAUGGAUUUUAGGCCAAGAAAGUCAGGCAGGUUUGUGUAUGAGUUACACAUGUAGUUGGGGUUACUUUUUAAAGAUAAUUUGUGAGACAGUCUUAUGGUGGAUUUUGUAUGCGCAAAUUUGAGGUUGUAAUGUCUUCAUUUAUGUUCCAGAAAACAAUUUAUUCAUUUUCUUAUAUAACUAAUGAAUGGUACCCACUGCAAGAAGACUUAGACUGCCUUAACAAAAGCUUGAUUAGGCUAAAAAGCAAGAAACAUGAAUUACAUGUCACUUACAUCAGCUCAAUGUUCAUAAAUAAUUUUCAAACAGUUAUUAAAAUUGUUGCCUUAGGCACUUACUUUUCUCACAACUUAAUGGAUUGUGCAAAAUUAACACAGGUAGUUUGAGACCACCUAUGCCUGACCCAGUCCCUGUUCCAGGCAGUAUGUGCUCUGAAGAGUGCAGUGCAAGUUCAAAUAGUUACAGAAAUUUUGAUAAAGCUGUCACAAGAAGAUUUUCUGUUAAACAGUAAUCUCAAAAAAAAAAAACAUCAUCUCUGGUUCAGGUGAAGAUGAUCCACAUGUUCAUGGAUGAUGUUGCCAUCUCCCCGCCCGAGGGCUUCCUGAUCAGGAAGGGUCCAGGCAACUGUCACUUUGACUUUGCUCAGGAGAUCCUCUUUAUAGACUUCCUCCAGAAACCCAAUGACAACAUGGGCACAGGGGACUACCAUAAGUAAGAUUUUGAAUUAUCCCGCUGUUACUUUAUGUGAAAGUUUAAAAAGGUUAUUUAUUCAUUAAUUAUUUUGUUGUUUCUAUUUCAGAGGAAGCUCAAAGAAACAGGAGCAGGCCAGCAUGGACUAUGAAGCUCCCAUUAUGCCUUGUGGAUGUAUCCUUCUUUGGACAAUUUUUGUUAGUGAAUCUGUGUCAUGAGUUUAUUGCAAAUAUGUUAAAUAUGAGAGCUGAGACUAUAGUCUGGCUUUCGUUUGCUCAUUUACUAGUCUUUGUUUAUGGAAAACACUAGUUCUGAUUCUACUUUAUAAAUGACUUAGAAUUGCAAGUUUGGAGGGUUACCAGACUUGUAUUUGUUCUGUUCAUUAUUUGAAUUAUUGAGGGUUUAAAUUUACAGUUCAACUUCACAACUCAGGCACUAAAAUGAAAUAAUGGAGGAUGAAAUGACAGCUCCACAUGGUAGGUAGUAACUUUGGACACGAUCUGUUAUGUUUUAUACGUGCUAUUUGUUCCUUGACCUCCACCUGUUAGUCAUUUUUCAGCUGCAGCUGUUAACAACCUGGGGAGAUCCAUACUACAUCGGCCUCAACAGUCUUGAGUUUUAUGAUCACAGCCAUGAAAAGAUCAGUCUCAGUGACAACAGUAUCCUUUCCUCUCACAUCUGCUUUAUUUAUUUAUUUAUUUAUUUAUGCUGUAAAAGGACCAUGUGCAGAAUUAAACAAAAAUGUCUACAUUUACUGUAUUGUGCUCAGGGAAAGCUUUAAGCUGACAUACAUCUGUAAAACGAAACCUAAACUCUCUUCCAUCUCUGCCAUAUUUUGAAGAUCACAACUACAGAUAUUUUGAUAUUCAGAGAGAAGCUGCAAACAUUACGUGGCAGAAUUGGCCUGAGCAGUGAAGAGUAAUUAUGCCAGUUUUAAAUUAGUGUCUGUUCCUCAACCUGUCACCCGCCAGACAUUGCUGCUUUUCCAGACAGUGUGAACGUGCUGGACAAUGUGAGCGGUGACGUUAGGACUCCAGAUAAAUUAAUAGAUGGAGUCAACAGCACCAACGAUGGAAGGCAUAUGUGGUUAGCCCCGGUGCUUCCAGGACUGGUGAGGACAUAAAAACACACAAAGUGGCCCCACUGCGAUCCAUUAACAACCCCAUAAAAGAUUGAUCCAGUACACCCCUGUGAGAAUGCAUUGAUUGUUUCUGCACAGGUGAACCGUGUGUACGUCAUCUUUGAUCAGCCUGUUACAGUGUCCAUGAUCAAGUUGUGGAACUACUCAAAGACACCACAGAGAGGAGUGAAGGAGUUCGGGGUGAGCAUUUGUCCACCAGUUUGUAUGUUUUGAAUAUUUUUACAAACAUGCACCUGGUCUAAAAAUCUGUGUGUGUGUGUGUGUGUGUGUGUGUGUGUGUGUGUGUGUGUGUGUGUGUGUGUGUGUGUGUGUGUGUGUGUGUGUGUGUGUGUGUGUGUGUGUGUGUAUGUGUGCAGCUGCUGGUAGAUGACCUCCUGGUGUAUAAUGGCAUCCUGGACAGUGUGAGCCAUAUGACAAGAGGAAUUCUGCCUACCUGUGACCCAGUGGUGCCAUAUCACACCAUCCUGUUUACAGAUAAUGCCUACAUUGCACACAGGGAGAGAAACACUGUCAUCAGGUAAACUGGAUUUUCAGUGCGCACUUAAUUUAUAUGUAUGAUAUUACUAUUUGUUUGCUGUUAGAAAAUACUGACAAAAUAUGUAACAGAGGAGCAAAGUCCAAAUGUCUUUCUUUUCUGUUUAAUUCUCCUCUUUCUUCUUUCCCUUUUGACAAACGCUUGAAUAUAUACCUUACACUAAAAUAUAAAUAGUGUAUGUAUUUGGAUGUACUUUUAUACUUAUUGUUUUUGCAUCUAGGACCUAAACCUUAAGAAAAAAAGACAUUUACCACCCUAAAUUACAGAGACGCCAAUAAAAACUGUAUUAAUAUGAGAAGAAGCUCUAUGUCAUCGUCAUUAUAAUCAUCAUUAGAGGAGCUCUAUCUCUCUGAAAUUUGGAUUUUGAAAAAUUACAGACAUCGGGAUCAACUACACUAACAUCCUAGGCAGUUAUGAGGGAUUAUCAGGAGUACCCAGACAACACUGGUCCCAUAAGAAUAGGACUUAAGUCAGAAGAGUUAUUCAGAGUUUUGGAUGAUCCCCUGUUAUUUCAUGUUUGAAAAUGGCUGAUAUUCACAAAUCAAUUGGUGUAAUGUAGUUGUAAUCAGCCUCUGUGUCCUGUAGUCGUGGCUUGUUUUAAACAGCGAUGUGCUCUUCUCCACCUCAGCCCCCGCGGCAGCAGACUCCAUCAACAGUGAGUAACAGAGCCUCUGAAAGCCUCGUGUCAGCACCUCCCUGUGGUCAAUCCCUGUACUGAAGAUUCCUCCAGUGCCCCCCAAAUGUCCUCUUUCAGUCAUCUCACACCCUCCUUAACCACACGCCUGACUUGUGAUGUCCCAGUCCUACCCUCCUCUCUUUUUCCCUCCUCUCUAGCCCUAUCCCUGGUCCCUCAAGGCCUGGACCUGCCAGCUUCAAACUUUGUCAUCAGUCAGACCUCCAUUUUGUGUCCUUCCUUUUUAUAGUUUCCCUCAGGUACAACAAAUUAACUUUUUCUUGCUGUGUAUUUUGUGUUCGUGCUGUGUUGCAGUAACUAUGUGGAGGAUCAGGAUGUGAAGAUGACCAAUGAGAACCAGAUAGUCCACCAUAACAAAAAGAAGCAGACUGCAGAUCCAGGUAAACAGAGUUCAACAACUGGACCUAGAAAUGAGCUGUCUUGCUGCUUCAAACAAUGUUCAAGUUUUUAUCUGUUUUGUUCUUACCUCGAUGCAGCUCUUCGGCCGAAAACCUGCAUGACUGAUGGAGGGAAACACGGAAAAAGGAGGUACUAACAAACAGGAACUUAAAGGAAGGACCCAUGGCUGACUUUUAAGCCCUUUUAUAAGCUUGUCACUUCAAAACCCUCAAGAAUAAAUCCAUAACAGCAACUUGUGAUCUACAGAGGACAGAGCUUACAUAGAUGGCACUGGGUUUGCACACACGCUCCUCUUUCUCUUGCGAUGAAAACACACCUGCCCAGAUUUGUCAACGUGUUGGAACAUGUACUGUUUCAUUGCUCCUCCCACAGUGCCAGGAUAGAGCUGUGAGGCUGCUUUCAAACGGCCUAAUUAUUGUGCCUAGUAAUUAACACUAUAUCUGUGGCUGCUAAUUGUGAAUUUGUGCUGCAUAUUUAAUAUUGCUUGUGGCGUGCAGAUACUAAGAAAAAAAAAAAAGCUACAGGGCCACAUGAAUACACUGUCACACCAUGAUGUGGCCUGAGCUACAUUUAUAUAAUGAAUUUAAUCCACUGAUGAAACUAUAGGAUCAGCUCUCCGCUUGAUGGGAAUGGGAACUGACCCACACUGACCCAGCGCACCAACCUGUCACAAUGCUAUGCAGACACUCAUUUAUAGUAAUCAAUUAUUUAUAUUUAUCUGCUGAUGUAUUUUAAAGCCAAAUGGUUUGACUCCAGAGAGGUUUACACCUUAAGGAGAUUUGUAUCAAUAACUUAAGUUGUACACUUUCAGUGAAAAAAGAGAACAGUGUUCAUUUUUGUACAUUUCAACUUGAACAAAAGAAAAAAGAAAAGGUUCAAACUAUACUCUUAAUUCCUAUAAGUAUACUUGGCUUCAUAAAAGCCUGUCGGCAUAAUUUUUUCUGCUUUUUUUUUUUUUGUUAAAUCAAACUCAUUUGAAAUCAAAGUGACCUUUGUUGAAUUUGCUGUUAAAGGUAGGUAGUUGUGAAGGAUAACACAUCUACCAGUUGCAGUAGUUCCAGUCUUUUAGUUGGACGUUUUAAAAAAGGACCUUUUCCUGCUUUGGUUUAAAGUAAAUUCACCAACUUCUUAUAUGCAAAUACUAUAAACUUACCUCAACAUGAGAAAAAUGGUCUUUAAAAAGGGAUUUAUCAAAUUCUAUCUUCACUAUAAUCCUUGGUGUUGCAUAUUUUUGUUCAAUAUUUCCUGUACUAUCUGGUUGCAUGCAGGUCUCCACAGCAUUAGCUGCUGUUAUCAUCCUUUAAUGUUUUAUCACAGGAGUUUUUACUGCUGCUUCUAUUAACCCUGAUAUAAACUAUUUCAUACUCCUUACUAAUGAUGGGAGUUACAUGUAAAUAAAAUGCAGUUUUAUGUAUUUAAUUUCAGUGCGUCGCACAGCAACUAUAGUCAUUACCCUGCGAGUGGCUGUUUUUGUAUGAGCGACAUUUGGCGUUUUGAAAUAUUUAAUUAUUUUUCUAAUCUUGAUUAAAUAUGUAUAUUUGAUGUAGGUUUAUUUGAAUGAAUAAAAUUUAAAAUCUAUUCAUUAA